AUGGAUGACGGCAAAAUGUUUUGCUAUGUCUGUGGACUGAUUGAUGAACACUAUGAUGAGGAUUCCUUAAUACAUCACAAUGCGACGCCAAAACAUAUCUGCAACAAAAUAUUGCAUGCAUUUAAGCAGAGAAAGAGAUACUUCAGUAAAAAUCGAGAUGGUGCCAUUGUGCUGGGUAGUGGAGAAUGUGUGUCCGAGAUUGAUGAGGAAAGUGAAAAUCUUGAAAAAACUGAUCAUCUAAGAAUACAAGUUGUGGCUGAACCUAACCAGAAAGUUAAAUUUUCAUUCACUGUAAGAAAUGACCUCCAAAAAGAAGAUUUGAUGAUAGUCGGAAUUAUUUUAGGUCACCCACAACCACAGUUUGUUAUGAGUAAUAAUCCUUAUGUAUUUGGUAAAGAUCCCCAUGUGUUGGAAAAAAAGACUACUUUAGUGGAGAAAAUAGUUGUUUUAUUUAAAUCUGCUGAUAUUGGACAAUUUGAGAUGCCCAUAAUAUUUACAUUUAAUAGAAAAAGUGAUGACAAGAAUAUUAUUAUUGUACGAGAGUUGAUUGUCUCUGUGAGUGAGGAACACAUUAUUUACCCACACAUAAAAACUCCCUAUACCAAAGAGGAGUGGGCUAGACCAGAUCAUAUAGUACAGUCUUCAAAUCUUAUUCCUCAACAGACAAUGUUCAAAAUACCAAAGCUCUUAAAAACUCUCUUACCAUGCGGUAUAGAAGAGAAAUCAUUGGAAAAAAUAAAAGCACCUCGUGAAAUUAAAGAAAAACUACAGCUGUUAAUUAUUUCCGUUAGAGCAAUUUUAGACACUGGACCAACAAAAAGCAAUUACAUGAAUUUUUUUCAUCAUUUACUAUGGUGGGAAGAAAUUAUUGCUAAAAUCAACUUGAAGAGAUACAACAUGUUCAAUGUGACAAUGGAGCAAAAGAAAGAUGUAUUCUUCCUAGAAGUGCCAGGGUUGGCAGAAAAGAGGCCAUCCUUAAUGCGUGGAGACAGAGUGUUUAUUAAACCACGUGACAACCCUUCGAUAGUAUUCGAGAGCAGUGUGAAAGACCUGAACGAUACUCAUAUCCAAUUAGGGAACAUGGAUGAUGCAUUCCAAAUGUACUCUCAGAAGGGCACUUUGUUCGACAUACGCUUUCUUCUGUCCCGAAUGCAAUUUGAGCGCAUGCACACAGCGGUGAACUCCAUCUUCUCUUCUAAGCAAGAAUGUAGAUUGUUCCCUGAGGCCCCAAAACAUAAGGUGCCCGUACAUAACAUUAAAAAAUUCUACAAUCCGCUCAUCCGUGGGAACACGGAGCAAAGAUCCGCCGUGGAACACAUACUCGCGGGCUCAUCAGGGAAGGCGCCGUAUAUUGUAUUUGGCCCACCCGGCACUGGAAAAACCAUGACCAUAGUUGAGGCUAUUGUACAGCUUGUUGCCCGUAAUCCCAAAAACAGGAUAAUGGUGUGCACCGACUCCAAUAUGGCGGCGGAUCAUAUCGCUGUGAUGUUAUUACAAUACAAAAAAGUAUUGAAAGUUAACGAUUACCUCCUACGUGCAAACUCGCAGGCACGGGAAUGGUCCGUAAUGCCGUCAGUACUAGUGCCAGUUUCCAACGGAGCCAACUACGAAACUUUCUACACAGUGAACAACGCGAAAGUCAGCAAAUACAGAAUAUUCGUGACCACUUUACUCCACGCCGCCAAAUACGGAUGGUUGAAACGCAAAGGCGACCAAAAGCUGCAGAUGACGCAUCUGUUCAUCGACGAAGCGGCCCAGGCCUCGGAGCCGGCCACUUUGGUGCCGAUCACCGGGCUGCUGGCGCCCAGCGGCCAGCUGGUGCUGGCGGGGGACCCCCAGCAGCUGGGGCCCGUCGUCUUGUCCAAGGAGGCCAGGAUCAGGGGACUGAAAUAUGGCCGAAUAGUAUUCGGCGUGUGGCGGAGGUAUAGUAGGAACUAUUCAUUGCUAGCUUUGGCGGCGCCCGAUCCGUUGAGCAGGAAGAGCAUCCUGAACCUGCCCGGCGGUGACCGUGCCAUUGUGUUCCACGCCGUCAAUUCGAGGGAGCAAAGGAUGGGGAACGCACCCAGCUUCUUUAAUGAGAAGGAAUUGGAAAUGUUAAAGAAAUACGUUAAAGCUCUUUUGGAUAAUCAUCAAGUUGCUGCCAAGGAUAUAGGAAUAAUUGCACCGUACAUUCGACAGGUGUAUAAAAUGAAAAGUUGGCUCACUAGUAUAGAUCAAAAAGAAAUCGAAGUUGGUACUGUAGAGUCAUUCCAAGGUAAAGAGAAACGGGUGAUUCUAGUCUCCACCGUCAGAGCGAACUGCCGGCUUCUUGACUACGACGCGAAAUACGGCCUAGGUUUCUUAGUGGACGACAAGAGGUACAACGUCACGCUAACGCGGGCAAAAGCUAAAUUGGUGAUCAUCGGCAAUCCCGCCUGCCUCGCUAGGGACAUCAAGUGGCGUAAAUAUAUGGGCCUAUGCAGCGAUCUGAACUGCUAUUAUGGAUUGGAGACACAGCAGUUGGAGCGAAACUCGCGGUUGCUUCUCGAUAUCUCACGCACAAGAUUCGACAUGUCGCGCCUUUCCGAAGAACUUGUGCCGGUAGUAGCAAACAACAAAUCAGUGGGCCCUUCU